AUGGGCGUACAGAAUCUCUGGACGCUCCUAGCGCCCGUGGGGCGACAGGUCGAGAUCGAGUCCCUCGCGGGUCAGGUCCUCGCUGUGGACGCGAGCAUUUGGCUCACGCAGUUUGUGAAGGCUAUGCGCGACGACGAGGGCAACAUGAUCCGCAACGCCCAUCUCCUGGGGACUCUGUACCGCGUGGCAAAACUGCUCUUCUAUGGCGUACGUCCGGUGUUUGUGUUUGAUGGACAGACGCCAGAGAUCAAGAAGCGAACGACUGCGCGGCGGAGGAAGCGACAGGAGCAGCAGACGGCCAAUUUGCGCCACACGGCGCAACGUCUGUUGCUCAAUCGACUGAAGCAGCAGCGACAAGAGGUACUCAAGGCGCAGAGCAGUACGGCAUUGGCAGCUGCUGUUGCACCGGGUUUUACGCUGCCGAAAGCUCGCGAUGCCAGGAAGACGGAGGAGGUGCUGAACGAGGAGAAAGUAGAGCUUACUAAUGGCGCUUAUGAUGGAGUGAAACAAGAAGCAACGAUCGAGGAGAAGCAGAUGCAAGGGGUUUGGGAAGCCGCAGCAGAGUUCGAGGAAGAAAGUGGAGACUUGACGCUGGACGACGUGGAGCUGGACACGUCGCGACUGUCAAAGAUCGAUCUCCACGCGGUCUUUUCCUUGCCACCUCAUUUGCAGAAAGACAUGGUCCAGAAAAUCCUGCGUGACCGGCGUCAAGAAGUGAGGGAUCAGUUCAUCCCGCUCGCUGGGAAGCCGGAAAAGUAUUCGCACGCACAGAUAUCAGCGUUUUUGCAGACUAGCUCGCUUAAUCGGCGGAUAGAUGCGGCAAAGAAGCAAAAGAGGCAGGAAGAGAUGGAGCGUCAGGGUGGCGUUGGCCAAGGCCACCGCAUUGACUCGAAUAGCAACCGCUUUUACAUCUACCAAAAAGAUGCAGAUCACAAAGAGGAAAACGGCCAAGACGAGGAUGACAAAAAGACGGCUGAACGUGUUGACAUGACAGAACGAUCCUUGGUCAAUGAGCGAAUACAGCCUCGCGAGGCUCAGGUUGACGCCUUCGAAGUAGAUCGAAAAGGUCCAUCGUCUACGCUCGCUUUGGAAAGAUUCGAACAUACUCUACAUGACAAUGCGAAGGAAAUUGCAGCGGCUUUGGCUGCACGGUAUCAGGUUCGAGUCAAGCAAGAGCCCGUACUUGCGAUUGAAAGAUUGCGACAGAGUCGGCUGAAAAAGGACAAGCCGUCUGUCUCUGCAAAGCCUGCUGCUGCCAAGGUCGUUGCCGCACGGCCGUCAUCGAGUGAUGUGAGCGUUGAACUAAAGCUUGACGAAGUUGAUCCUGAAGAGAUGGCGCGGUUCCAGAAACUGUUUCCAGCAUGCAAGACUGAGCGUGUUUCUACCCAAGUUGCGACUGCCAAAAGUGACCCGGAUGACGAUGACGACGAUGUUGAGUGGGAAGAGGCUGCUUCGUCAACCGUAGAGCAGUCUAAAAGUGAUACUCUGGGUCCUGGAAUUGCUGAGUAA